GUCCGGUUCUCCAGAUUGUGGCCUCGACUGGAGUGUGGGUCCUCGUGCUCAUCAUGUUGCACUUGCCCCUGUCGAUGAUGAUGCACCACCACCACCGCCAACAAAAACAACACCAACAACAACCUCGUUCCUUCAUCUUGCACAACCACAGGCCCACACCACCGCCGACACGCCCAGAUGUUUCCCUGAUGGCCCAGCGAGCAGAAGCAGGUUUCAAUGGCGGAUGAGGAGCUCCUGCACAAGGUCCACCAGCUAGGCGACCUCGACCUUGCCGCUCUCCUCUGCCUCGUCGACCGCCAACACUGCAUCGUCAGCACCGAGCCAGACGCCCUCGACGACCUCGUCGCAGAGCUGCAGCUCGUCGCCGCCGACGCGUUUGGCUUGACCUCGGCCGUUGUCCACUGCACCCCACGGACCACCCUCGACGAUCUCGCAGCCGCGCUCCUCGUUCCCCAGCCUACCGAUGCCGCCCCUGCUUCGCACGCCAACUCGCCCGUCACCUCACGAACAGCUGCUGCGGCCAGCGACUCAUACUUUUCGAGCCAUCGCACCAACCACCGACAACAGGGCGUGCCCUCACACUUCUCGCAGCCAUCUGGCACUGAUGCCGCAAGGCACGGCCCGGUUAGUCCGUCCACACCAGGUCAACCACCGUUAGGCAUAGCGAAUGUGAUCCUUGCCAAGGAUCUUGAUCACGCCCCCAAGGCCGUCCAGAUUCAGUGCCUCGAGCUCCUGCGAACCCGCCGCAUCUUCACACACACUAGUGUCCAGGCUGCACCCAAAGUGUUCCUGCUGAUCGCCGUGCUUGGUGCUGAGAGCGGUGGCGCUGCGCGGCUCACACCACACCUGAACAACUACUUCUACAUUGCGCACUGGCAUGAUGCGGAAGAUGGGUUCCCUCGACUCGAAGAGGCGGAGGACACCGAGGACGAUGAAGUGACCGAGGAUGACGACUCUCGGUUCUCACAGCAAGAUCGAGGACGGACCGAACCGGAUAUAGACGACCGGUCCGAUUCAUUCACCACAAGCGACACGCACAGUCUCGCGAGCGAAGACAGCGUGGUCAGACGCCGCAGCUCCGUCGGCACUAGGCGCCACGGAACAAUGCCCCGAAAGUACUUGGUGCCACGGACGCCAGCACACACACCGCUCUUCGGGAGCCACGACAUCGCCGCCUUGGCCGGGAGAGCCGCCACCGUCAGCGUCGACAUCGAGGUGCUGCGCUACCAGAUGAACAUCAUCUCGUUCCUGCGCAUGCACCGUGCUGUGAGCGGGGGCGUCCAGCCGCAAGCUACGCAGCACUUUGACAUGCUCGUGCGCAGCCUCGCCAGCUUGCACGGGCUCGACUACGCCACGCCCGCCAUUGUCGCGCUCGCCGCGAGGAAGAUAUACCUGCACCGCAUCCACAUCGUGGCGCCCGAGGACGAGCGCAGCAUGCAGUGGGGCAGUGACCUGUCCGCCGUCACGGCACUGCUUGACGGCGUUGGCCCUGAGGAUGUAAUUGAGGAUGUGUUGGGCAUGGUCAGCCCGCCUGUAUGAUUAGAAUGUUGCUCCGAUUCCCGGGCAAGUCCUGGUUGAGCUUGACGGCUGGGCGGUAAUGUGCUUACUCUAGAACAUCUUGCAUGUACAUUGGCUCAGUGUGACGCCGCAAAGCACGAUCUGGUCCUCGGAACGAGUAUUGGCAUAAUGGUCGGCGACUUUCAUAAUAGUUAGUAUUCAUUAUUCUAAGAACGGGCAACGCGAGCUUCAUCCAGAUCUCACGUUGUGAUACGUUGUUGCAUCGUCGCCUUUCGCAUAUCGCUGUACUACAUAUCUCGCUCAUGUAUAACCAGGGCUGCCUAUGCAAGAGUCAUAAAAUCUCUCAAGUCAGGACCCAAGGUGGCGCAUUGCAAAGU